UUCAUCCUCCUCUCUUCAACCUCUGAUCUCUGCAACCAUGAACCUCUGAUCUCUCUCAACCCUCUCUCUCAGUCUCUCUCUCUCAGACAGUCUCUCUCUCUCGAACCCAUCUCUCUCUCUCACGGAGUCUCUCUCUCGAACCCAUCUCUCUCUCUCACGCAGUCUCUCCCUCUCUCAAGCUCUAUUGCAGAAAGAAUGGAGCUUUGAUGGUAUCUCUCACACAGUCUCUGUUCUAAAGCAUCUCAGCUUCCUUCUGUGACUAUCUGUUCAAGCUUCAAUGGCAUCUGUCCCUGGAAGUGAUACUCUAUUCUGGAGUGAUGAACAAACACGGUUUGUGCUUCAACUAAGAAUUGAAGAAGAACUGAAAGGCAAUGUGAAAAAUAAGGUUCUCCAUGAAACUGCGAGAAAGACAAUUGCAGACAAGUUUUAUGAUACAUAUGGGGUGAGGCAUCCAUGGAUAAAGUUUAGGAACAAGUUCAACUCUUGCAAGAAGCAAUAUGGAGCUAUGAAGAGAUUGACUCACAAUAGAACUGGACUGGGAUAUCAUCCAGAUGGCUCAAUAGACAUGAGUGAUGAUUGGUGGGAGCAGCGUUGUAAGGAAUGGCCUGGAGCUAGGAAAUACAAAGAUAAACCAGUGGCAAAUGCAGAUCUAAUGGAACAGAUUUUCAGUGGGGUUCAUGUAAGUGGAGCAGAAGGGUGGAGUGCUCAGCAAGGUGAAAAUGAGUUAGACAAUAUGGAGGUAGAGAAUGAUGAUGCUGCAUCUGAAGCAAGGCAAACCGAUCCUCCAGCAAGGCAAACCGAUCCUCCAGCAAGGCAAACCGAUCCUGAACCAGAUGCUCCCUCAUCCUCUAAUGGUCCACGAGUCUCCAAUGCUCCACGAGCCUUGCCAAAGCCUUCUCGGAAAAGGCGUGCAGAACAAGCAGCAGAUGUUAUGAGAAGUAGUCUUCAAUCACGUGAUGAGAUACUCUCUCACAAGAACCAGCUAAUAGAAAGCCAUCCAGAUUUGAGUUGCAGUCAGCUUAAGGCUAUGAGAGUCUUGCAUUCACUGUCUAGUAUCAGAAUGUGGUCUCCAUUGUACAAAGCUUCUUAUAAACAUCUCAGGGAAGCUGCUACAAAUCGACAGACGUUCCUAAGUUAUGAAGAUGACGAGAACAAGAUUCUCUAUUUGGAGGAAGAGACCGGUGAAAGCAGAUAUGCAUGAGUUUGUGUUCUCCUAUCUAGUGUUGUCUAAGUAUUGUGUUCUCCUAUCUAGUGUUGUUUGAGUCUUGUGUUUCUUUCUAUCUGUUUGAGUCUUGUGUUUCUUUCUAGUUGUAUGCAUGACAAUGUGUUUCUUUCUAUAUUUAUGCUUUGGACGGAACUCA